AUGUCAACAACUGAUCCACGUCCAACCAAAAUUCAUCGAAUCAAAAGUGCCGGGAAAAGAAUGGUUGCUAUUUUUUUCAUGAAAUCCGGUUUAAUUAAGUCUGUUCCAUUAGAAACAGGUGCAACAGUGAACGCAAGCUGGUAUGUCAAUACAUGCUUACCAGAAGCCUUCAAAGCUGUAUCUGAACGAAGAGAAACACGAGAUCUCAUCUUUCAUGACGAUAAUGCAAGGCCGCAUCGAGCUUGGAUUACGAACGAAUUUUUGCUGGAAAAUCAUGUAGAACAGUAUCCAAAUCCACCAUAUUCUCCAGAUUUAAGUCCUUAUGACUUCUUCUUAUUCCCGAAGCUCAAAAAUCAGUUACGUGGUAUUCGGUUUAACGACGACAACGAAAUGUUAACUGCUUUACAACAAGCCAUUGACAGUCUUACGAAAGAAGACUUUAAAAACUGUUUCGAAGACUGGUUUAUUCGAAUGCAUAAAUGCAUUGAUACUGAAGGACAGUACUUUGGAAAAAUAAAUAAAAAUCCUCCUCUGAAUAUUUAUCCUAAAGGCUAG